AUGGAGACCUUACCGGACCACCUUUGCCCUCUUCUUGCCCUACCGGGGUUUUGCAUCGAAACCCUCCGACUAUGCUCAAUGCAUAAUGUCAACCUAGGGUGCCUCCAAGUUUGCAACGGUUCUGCCUUGAUCUCUUUAAUUCAAGCUGGUCUUUAUGGAGAUCCUGAAGAAAGCCUCGCUUUGAAUUUGCGGCGCACUUUUCGCGACUUUCAGCUGUGGUGUAGAGAAAACAAGGUUCAGUGCUCACAGGUGCCUUGGACCACCGGGAUGGUGGUGAAAAAAAAUCGCAACGUGCUCAUGAGCCACAAAGCUUUCAAUGGGCGCAUUAUUGUAGAGUACUUGGCAGAGUGUUGUGAGCGGGUCGUUGAUCAGAAUUUGCCUGGGAACAACCGUGCAUUUGGGCAAUGGUUGUGCGAGCAAGUACUUCAGGGCAAGAGGGAAUGGCCAACGCCAUCAAACCCUGAAUUUGGUUUGGCUGCAGCAUGUUUGAAAUCGAUUGCUCGAUGGUUCAACUUGUGUGAAAGGAAUGGCCGAUACUUGACAGCCGAGGCGGCCAAGGACAUCGGGGAUGCUGGAAAGCAGUUCAUCGAUUCGCACCUUCUGCUGUCGCUUCUUGAGAUGAGGUGCUUGCAGCUUCAAGACUACGGCUCAAAUUGA